GAUUUUGUAAGCUAAAUGUAAUUGAGAUUUAUGUUUAAAUAGAUUCAGUGUGUAACUUUGUUCAUUGAGUAGAAGAAAAUGGCAAAUUCCGCAAUGUUCUCAACUUUUAUCCUCUCUUUAACUCUCUUCCACAUUUUUCAGUUAGUUCAGUCUCACUAUUCUCUUUAUCAUGAAAGUAAAAGUUUUAAUGUUCUCAAUUAUGGAGCAAUUGGAGAUGGAUUUUCUGACGAUUCAAAGGCAUUCAAGGAUGCAUGGGAAGACACAUGCAAUUACAUUGGAUCUCAAUCAACUAUGGAAAUUCCUGAAGGAUACACAUUUCUUCUGCAACCUAUUGAGUUUCAUGGCCCUUGUAAAUCCAAGAAAAUCAUUUUAUCGAUCAGUGGAAACUUAAUUGCUCCCGAAUCUCCAUAUGAAUGGGAAUGUAAGAAAGAUCAUUGUCAUAAAUGGAUCGAAUUCGGUCAUAUAAAUGGACUUCAUAUUAAUGGUCAUGGUACACUUGAUGGUCAAGGAACAAAAUGGUGGUCUCUAGAUUGCAACAAAUAUAAAAAUGCAUGUCUCAAGAGACCAAGGGGUGUGGUUAUAUCACAUUCGAGUAAUGUGCAUAUAAGCAACAUUAUGGUGAAGGACAGUCCAAAUUUUCAAAUGUCGCUGGAAGAUUCAAAAUGGGUUAUUGUUAAGCAACUCACCAUAACCGCUGAUGGUGAUAGCCCUAACACUGAUGGCAUUCACAUUCAACGUUCUCAGAAUGUUAUCGUAUACGAAAGUAACAUCCGUACAGGUGAUGAUUGUAUAUCUAUUGGUGACGGCUCAAAAUACGUUAAUAUAUCACGAAUCUCAUGUGGUCCGGGGCAUGGAAUAAGUAUCGGAAGCUUAGGUCGAUAUGGAACCAAAGAAACAGUGGAAAAUGUUGUUGUUAGAGAUUGUACCUUUAGAGAAACAACUAAUGGGGUUAGAAUCAAGACAUGGCAGGGGGGAAGAGGACAUGUGCGAAAUGUUUUAUUUGAACGUAUAAAGCUACAUGGGGCAACACGACCUAUCAUUAUCGACCAGUUUUAUUGUCCUCACUCACAAUGCAAAAACCAUACUAGAGCUGUGGAGAUCAAGAAUGUAAUGUACAAUCACAUACAUGGAACAUCAAUCAAGAAACCCUUUGUGCAACUCCUAUGCAGCAAAUCAGUCCCAUGUAGAGGUAUAUUCAUGAACGAUAUAAACAUUCGCAACGAAAACGAAGAAGAAGAAGAGAAAUACCAUAAAUCAUUGUCUCAUAAUGAUCAUCCUUCUGCUGAAUGCAUCAAUGUUAAAGGUGAAUCUAAUGGUGUAAUGAAGCCAAAACUAGGUUGCUUGGAAUUCAAAAGACAUUGAUUUGUCUUGACUCUUGAACACUUUGUCAGUUUAUUUAUUCUUUAAUUGUUUUGAUUAGAACUACUAUAUAAUAAUGCUUGUGUUUUUUUCCUUUUGAUUUAUUUUGAGAACCAAAAUAAUAAAAAUUUGCGUUUUGGUGAA